AUGCCACCGAAUGGCGCAGAUAAUCUAUUGCCGAACGAGCCGCUUAUUAAAGUUGAAAGACCUGUUACUAUCGAGAAGACCGAGAAGUCGGAACACAUUGAAGAGGACAAUGACGAUACAGAAUGUGAUUGCCAGGAAUUGGGAUUUGGAGCAGGUGAUGCAGUGUUCGCAAGUGUUGUGGUCGCCCCUUUAGUUGUAGCAGUAUGGCGUAGUUCAUGGGGCAUCAUGGAACUGCACGCCAAGAUGUUUCCGUACGCUCAAAACUUCGUUCUUGGAAUUCUAAUACACUGCUGUUUUUCUAUUGCAAAAACUCGCCUAUUUUCCCGAUCUGUUGACGCAUGGGGUGAAGGAAAAGCAGGCCGGUGGCUUAGAGAACGAGUACUAUCACGCUUUUAUACAUACAUAUUCAUUAUGUCCAACGUUAUGCACUGGAUAGGUGGUUGGGGCCUUAUGGAUACUAUGGUAGCUGCUAUUUUGCCCAAUAAUCGGGAUCCUCAUAGACCAGUGUUGAUAGCGACGUAUUUGAUAGUAGGCGUGGUGUUAAUCUUAGUUCUUCGCUCCACACGCAACCUCCUAGCGCCUCCUUACAUCGUAGUCACCGAUGGAAAACAUCCAACUUACAUAUUUACUACAAGAUUUCAGAAGGUAUUCAUGUAA